CAGGAUCUUUCCGUUCCCACUUACUGUAACUCUGCACCGGGGCGCAAGCAGCUGACUCUUUUACCAAACUAUCUGCUCGACAGAAAACAGGUGGUGCUCAGAAAAUGAGGAGAGGUUUGCUGCUGGUGACUCUGUUUCUCGUCAUGAAACUUCGAUACAGCCAGUCCAGAUGCGAGGAGCCCGGAUCGCGCAGAUCAACAUCAGAUCAGACCACAGGGUUGGACAACCUCAAGCGGAACAUUCUGAAGAGGUAUAGCGAUUUGGAUUAUGACAGCUUUGUGGGUCUGAUGGGCAGAAGAAAUGCCGAUGGAAAUGAACUAGAGACACCACAAAAAAGAGAAAUGCAUGACAUUUUCGUUGGUCUCAUGGGAAGGAGAAACUCAGAGCCCGAUAAUGGUCCCUGGAGGAGAGAGUAUCCAGAGAGGAGAGGCAUUUUUCUCAACAAGUGCAGGCUGAGGUUUCUUCAGGGGCUGUAGACAUUCAUACCAAAGCAACUCUCUCAUCUGAUUUCAGUGAUGGAAGAUCACAGAGAACACACACAACAAACUACAUGUCUGAUGGAAAUGACUUCACAUCGUGAUUCACACUGUAAAGCUGCCAGCUGGCUUAUGAAAGUGACCAUUAACUACACAGAUUGUAUUUUGUUUUAUCUGACAA